CGACAAACGGCACCACGCUCAAGGUGGAAAGGACUCUCUCUAUCAUUGGAUGCGGUGUGAAUGCGCGAGAAGUGGAGAUCUGGAUAAGGCUGACAUUUUACUAGGGACCAUGGGCGCAGCGAUCCUAUCAGGAGUCCUGGAGUCAUGUUCACGUGCUCAAGCAAACGGAGAAGAGCCCAAGAUAUCUCGCUUCAUUGCAACAGUGAAUAGCGAGGGCUCUGCGGACGCACUGCAAAGGAGAUUCGAAGCUUAUGCAGAUCGAUUUGACGUUCGAAGGGGAGAAAACGUGACGGCCAUGCGGGAAGCGGAUAUCGUGCUCUUGGCAUUCAAGCCUUACAUGGUUGAUCUCGUGCUUCGACAGCCAGGAGUGCGGGAGGCACUAGCUGGAAAGUUGAUCAUUAGUGUUCUCGUAGGGUCACCUCCUGCGAAGUUGGAGGAAGCGAUUUUCAACAGGGAUUCGGAUUUUGAUUGGGGCGAGAUUCCGAGGAAGGAGCAAGGGAAGCCGUUGUACAUCAAACGAGCGAUGUUGAACAUCGCCGCCGAGUUCCGAGAGUCAAUGACCGUCAUUGAGACAACGAACAUGCCAAGACAAUAUGAAGAAAUAACAGAGUGGAUCUUCCUUCAACUCGGCAAAAUCCAACCAGUGGCACCGGACCUGUUCGACAUCGGCGGUGUGCUGGCCGGUGCUUCGGGCGCAUUGCUCUCUGUUGCAUUUGACGGGAUGUUAGAUGGAGCCGUGAAGCAGGGGUUGAAAAGAGCAGAUGCAAAGAAGAUCUUGACGCAGUCGUUGUUCUCGAUGGCGAAGUUGCUGGAGAAUGAGCAUCCCGCGGUGUUGAGAGAGAGGUUCUCGAGUCCGAAGGGGACGACUAUUGAUGGUUUGUUGAGUUUGGAGGAGGAUAGAGCGAGGUAUGCGUUUAGUAAGGCGGUCAUUGCAAGUACGAAACGGAGUUUGGAGAUUGGGAAAUAGAAGUGGAUCUGCCAUCACUGUGCUUAGAAUUCCGAUUUUUGAUUUGACUUCUACUGUAUACGCGGCAUUUUGUUUUGCCCACUUUCACGUCCCUUCAUUUCCAAUAAUUGAAACCCUU